AGCUAAAGCUCACCAGAGACAUCCACUGCAUUCUGCGACUUUACAACUCCUGCGCCUUGAACCGAAUUCCAAUCCUUUUCUUCUCCUUUCUUUGUAUUUGAGCGAGUUCUUUCAAAACUACCGUCAAACGAUCAGUCAUGUCUGCACAGAACUCGGCGGGUAUUCAGACCCUUCUUGAUGCUGAGAGAGAGGCAUCCAAGAUUGUACAGAAGGCUCGAGAAUUCCGAACCAAGCGCGUCAAGGAGGCCCGUGACGAAGCCAAGAAGGAAAUCGCCGAUUACAAGGCUAGCAAGGAAGACGAGUUCAAGAAGUUUGAAGCCGAGCACAGCAAGGGCAACGAGGCCGCCGAGCAGGAAGCCAGCAAGGAGGCCGAGAAGCAGAUUGAGGUGAUUAAGGAGGCCGGCAAGAAGAACCAGGACACCGUUGUGAAGAACCUGCUGCAGGCGGUGUUUGAUGUUAAGCCUGUGGCUGCGUGAAUUUGAGUUACGAUGAAGUGUGGCUGUUGCUGUUGUGAGGUGUGGAGUGUAUAUUGAAGGAGGGAAUAAUAUGGGAUUGAACUUUCUGUACUAGCGGCUGGGGGAGAGAAGGACGGUGGAAAUGCUCGUACUCUUUUGGUACUGACGCUAUGCUCGAUCAAGUUUGCACAUUAACUUAUAUUUAAAACUACAUUUUGCUCAUUAUUACUUGCGCUUCUCUCCUGGGUUUCUCAAAUUAGUCAAGGAAAUCUAUGAGGGUGCUCAGCAUCUCCCCCAUAUCCUUGCUGUCUUCCUCCAUGGUAUCCAACUCCUUCAGUUGCUCUUUGAGCGUCUUCUGUAUCGAUUUAAAGUCGUCGUCCGUCUCCGCCAGCAGUCGCUUAAUCUUCUGAUUUGCGCCGCCGUCCUCGGCAAUGAGCCACGCUAGAAUGACGUCGGCGAGCUGGAGGUUGAACAGUCCGGCGUCCAUCUUCCGCGAGAGCAGUUGAAUCUCACGAUCCUCCUCUGAGUCGCGCGAAUUUAUCGACUCUUGCUGAUGCGCCUCUUCGGCGGCUUUUAUGCGCGUGUUAUAGUCUCUGUGUAGCUUUACCAGCUUUGCAGUCUUUUCGUAGUCCUUUUCGACGAAUUUGGCCAGCAAGCGUAUCCGUUCCGCGGACUCGGCGGGCAAUAAUCGUAACAUGGAGGAGAAGAUGGACAGCAACGGCCCAACGAGGCGGUUAUCCUGCGUCUUGUUGAACAGGGUGAAUGUGGUUUUCAGUCCUCCUGCCUCGACUAUUCUCUGGCAUAUCUCGACGCUGGUGGCGCCGCCUGUCGCGUGAUCUAAUAGGCGUAAAGACGGGUUCUUUGCCUUUUUGCUCUCCUUGAUCAUGAUGAGACAGAGUUCAGUUCCUUCAGCUUCGAGGAACUUGGCUCUCCCGGCAGCGAUGUCGACCAGACAUGUAAGGCU